AUGAGUGCAGCCGUCUCGCUGGAGGUGACCGUCAACGGCGCGACGAUCGAUACCCGAGUCGAUGCCCGAACGACGCUGGCUGACUUCAUCAGGGACGGCUGCGGGCUGGUCGGCACCAAGAUCGGCUGCGAGCACGGCGUCUGUGGAUCCUGCACCGUCUUGGUAGACGACCUGCCGGUGCGCAGCUGCCUGAUGCUCGCCGCGUCGGCUCACGGCUCAUCGGUCCGGACGGUCGAGAGCCUGGCCGGUGAAGAACUGAGCGACCUGCAAUGCUCGUUCCGCGACCAUCACGCCCUUCAGUGCGGCUUCUGCACGCCAGGGUUGCUAAUGACCGCCCAGGCCCUGCUGGAGUCGUCCGAGGCUGAAGAGAUCGACGUUCGCGAGGCGGUGUCGGCCCAUGUCUGCCGAUGCACCGGCUACGAGCCGAUCAUCGCCGCCAUUGAAGCCGCGGUGGGGCUCCGACGGGAACCAGCGCCAUGA